AUGAGAACUUCUGGCGGCUUAUCACUAAUUGAUCUUUCAGCUCAAUUUGGAGCAACAAAGUGUUUCAAUUUCCUUGUUUUAAACAAUGCAAAGAUUACUGUUCGUACAUUGGAAAAUGCAUUUUUUGGAAAUUCCAAAGAGAUCAUACUCAAGUGUUUAGAGCAAUUCGAUCUUACUCAGAACUGCAUUGAAUAUGCAGUAAGAUCUCAUCAUAACAAAACUGUCAAAACUUUGAUGACGAAAUAUAAUUUCAAAUAUUCUUGGUAUUCAACAUUGUACUCAUUCAAUUUGAAAAUGUUCUAUCCAAAACUACAUUCACUAGAGAAUAUUAACUCCAAAGACGAAAACGGAGAAACAGCUUUAAUUGCGGCGUCAAGAGUUGGUUUAGUUCCUAUUGUUAGACUCUUAAUAAACAGAGGAGCCAAUGUAAGUGUACCAGAUUCAAAAUUUAAGACCGCAUUAAGUUGGGCAUGCGAAGAAAACUUUAUUGAAGUGGCAAAGAUCUUAAUUGAAGCCAAAAGUAACUUGAACUCCACAGAUAAAUACAAUUGGACACCAGCUCAUUACGCAAUUAUCCAAAACAGUCACAGAAUUUUACAAAUGUUGGUCGAUAAAAACGUUGAUCUUUCUAUACAUGACUUAAAUGGGAAGACACCAUUAAUGGUUUCAAGUUACAACAGUGCAAUCGAAUGCACAAAGAUUUUGUUGACAAAACAAAUUAAUUUGGAAGAAAACGAUAGAAAUAAUUGGACAGCUUUGAUAAUAGCAAGUGCAAACAAUUCAGUAAACAUUGUUAGAGCAUUAGUUGAGAGUGGCGCUAAUAUUGAACACGAAGAUAAAUGGGGAAAUACUCCAAUUAUGAUUGCCGCUGGAAAGAACAACACAGAAACAGUUACUUUCUUAGCAAGUAUCGGUGCAAAUGUCAACCACCAGAACAGAAAUGGAAAGACAGCUUUAAUUUUUGCUGCUGAUAACAAUUCAAUUGAAUCUGCAAAAGUUUUAGUUGAUUUUAAAGCAGAUGUUGAGAUAGAAGAUAUGAACAGAGAUACUGUAUUAUCUAUUGCGAAAAGGAAUGGAUUUAAAGAGAUCCAAGCCUUAGUUUCUGACUAA